UACCCCGGCAGAGAACAACUGUCAAUCAUCCUUAAAGGGGAAGGAUUCCAAUUAUUAAACCUCUUAAGUCUUUUCCUCUCGCCACCGGCUCUCAGCGCGUCAGGCCAGUUUUCAUGGCUUCAUCCUAAAGAUCAAGACCUCCAUAUGCUGCAGGAAUGGGACGGUUUCGGAAUUUCCACUCACUUUUGGGAUCCGCAAAACAUUAGUUAACGGUCAUUUUACAGUCUGGUGCAGGUGCACUGUGGGUAAAAAGUUGCGGUGUGUCAUUUGCGGCGAUGUUUGGAAGUGACAACAACCCUGUGUGAUUCUGAUGAGCUGGAAAGUUGAAGAAAAAGAUCUUUGAAAGGGAAUCUCUGCCACAACCUGGAACCAAAUUCUCUUUUGGACAUAACUUGCACACAUUUCCCCGAGGAGACUUACGGUAAGGGCAGAUUGGAUGCAUUUGUCACCGGAUAUGAUGAACAUGGUGGACGAUGGCUGCCUCUCAACGGACAACUACCAUGAUCUGGGGAAAGGUGGCGCGUCGGGGAUUGGAGGCCGCGUCCACAGCAUCGACGUGAUUCUGGGCUUCAGUAAGGACCAGGAUCCUCUGCUCAACCCGGUCGGGCCUGUCAGCACACAAGUGGACGGAGCCGACCUGGGAGAAGAGGAGAAACAAGUGACCUCUAACCCCUACGGUCACCUGCAAAGUCUUCCGGAUAAUUCACAGCAGUCAGCGUAUCAUGAUACUGGACUUUUCUCCACGGAGAAGUGCGACGCAGAUUUGGGAGAUCCACGGAGCAAUGUGGAGAGCGACAGCCGCUCCCCGGACCCUCCUGAUGAGGAUCAACCUAAAAAGAAACACAGACGCAACAGAACCACCUUCACCACCUAUCAGUUACACGAGCUGGAGCGCGCCUUUGAGAAGUCCCACUACCCGGAUGUAUACAGUCGAGAAGAGCUGGCUAUGAAAGUCAACCUCCCAGAAGUUCGCGUUCAGGUAUGGUUCCAGAAUCGGCGUGCUAAAUGGCGGCGGCAAGAAAAACUGGACACGGGCAGCAUGAAGCUCCACGACUCGCCCAUGCUGUCCUUCAACCGACCGGUCAUGGCGCCCAGCGUGGGGCCAAUGACUAAUUCUCUGGCUCUGGACCCUUGGUUGUCCUCGCCGCUCUCCAGUGCCACUCCUAUGCACAGCAUCCCGGGCUUCAUGGGACCAGGCCAAAGCCUCCAGCCCACCUAUACGGGUCAUCCCGGCUUUCUGAACUCUUCUCCAGGCAUGGUGCAGGGAAUGCAACCCAUGCCACCACCUGCUUACCAGUGUCCCCCUGCAUUUAAUGAAAAAUACCCUCUGGAAGACGUGGACCGCAGCUCUAGUAUCGCAGCUUUGAGGAUGAAGGCCAAGGAGCACAUUCAGUCCAUGGACAAAACCUGGCAACCCAUGUAACAGGAAAAUGGGGAGCGGUAUAUUUUAUUGGGAUCUCAUAGACACAUGUAUGCAUUUUUAGAAAUGUCCAGCACCGGAUCAUUAGGAUUUGAGUUCACCUGAAGGCCAUAGGCGAGACCUGGAAACAUGAAGCCCUGAAAGCUUGUACUCAUUUUAUAGCCUCCGGCCAAUAAAACAAAACAAAGUUUGAUUUGAAGGAUCUUUGAUUAUAUCUUCACAACACAACAUGCUUGGAUUUACACCGAUGGUCAAAUCUGCUUGAGGAAUUGGUUUCGUUUUGGCAACAAACAGGGUUGCCAAGUCUGCGGUUUUACCGCAAAAUUGGGCUACCUUCAGUACACUUGAAUGGUUUUGUGUUUUAGUCUGCGGGUUAAAGCUCUCAGCCACAAAAGGCAAUUUUGAUGGAGUGGACCCUCGACAGAAAAACAUGAAUUGUCUAGUUUAUGGCUAGUUUUGAAUAGCAACUGGGCUAUUUUUUUGCACAGACCUGGCAACCAUGGCAACAAAGCACUAACAGUUUGUGUUGAAU